CGGCAGUGCGCUUUCCGCCGUUGUGCGGCUAUCUGCAGGGAGUUCUCUGCCGCCUUGCAGCUUGUUGUUUGUCGGCCGUUGCAGGGGCGCGUGUAUGUGGUAGCGUGUUGUGGUACAUAAACUAUCGUGUUGAGAUUGGGUCUCACUCGUAUCUGAAAUCUCUGGAGGCGGAUGUUUAUUAAGUUGUCUUGUCUAAUCACUGAUCAAUCAACGAGCUGGUGAGCUGUUCAGCUUGAGAACAAUACUGUGGAGACGAUCAAUUGUCGCCGGCUUCGAGUGUCGCCGUUAUUCUGACGGCUCUUUGACGGACUUCCACUCGCGGAGGAGGUUGGACGGAAAGAGCCAUGGCGGGUCGCGGGGCGAUCCUCUUCUUAGUUUUAGGCUUGUUAGGUGCCUAUGUGGUAGCUGACGAGGCUCCUAAGCUGGGGACGGUUAUUGGAAUCGAUCUGGGAACCACCUACUCAUGUGUGGGUGUCUACAAGAACGGUCACGUGGAGAUCAUAGCGAACGACCAAGGGAAUAGGAUUACGCCAUCUUGGGUGGCCUUCACGGACGGCGAGAGGUUGAUUGGAGAGGCGGCGAAGAACCAGGCCGCUGCAAACCCCGACCGUACCAUCUUCGAUGUCAAGCGUCUCAUUGGCAGGCGGUUCGAGGAUAAGGAAGUUCAGCGAGACAUGAAGCUGAUGCCGUACAAGAUAAUUAAUAAAGGGGGCAAACCCUACAUUCAGGUCGAGGUUAAGGGUGAGGCGAAGGCUUUUACCCCCGAGGAGGUUAGCGCCAUGAUUCUGACGAAGAUGAAGGAGACGGCCGAAGCCUAUCUCGGGAAAAAGAUUAAAGACGCCGUCGUCACCGUACCAGCGUACUUCAACGACGCUCAACGACAGGCAACGAAGGAUGCCGGGGUUAUCGCCGGAUUGAAUGUCGCUCGUAUUAUCAAUGAACCUACCGCUGCGGCCAUCGCGUAUGGACUGGACAAGAAGGGAGGGGAAAAGAACAUCCUGGUCUUUGAUCUUGGGGGCGGUACCUUCGAUGUUUCCAUUCUGACCAUUGACGCAGGAGUGUUUGAGGUGCUCUCCACCAGCGGAGAUACUCAUCUUGGAGGUGAGGACUUUGACCAGAGGAUCAUGGAGUACUUCAUCAAGCUCAUCAAGAAGAAGUACCAGAAGGAUAUUAGCAAGGACAACAGGGCUCUGGGGAAGCUGAGGAGAGAAGCUGAGCGUGCCAAGCGGGCGUUGAGCAAUCAGCACCAGGUGCGCGUCGAAGUCGAAAGCUUGUUCGACGGGACCGACUUCUCCGAGCCUUUGACUCGCGCGCGUUUCGAGGAGAUGAACAUGGACUUGUUCCGUAAGACGAUGGGUCCCGUGAAGAAGGCACUAGAGGACGCUAAUCUGAAGAAGACUGACAUCCACGAGAUCGUUCUGGUUGGAGGGAGCACCAGAAUCCCCAAGGUUCAGCAACUGAUCAAAGACUUUUUCGAUGGCAAGGAACCGAACAAGGGCGUGAACCCGGACGAGGCAGUGGCGUACGGGGCAGCCGUCCAGGGAGGUAUCUUGAGCGGAGAGGGAGGGGAACAGACCAAGGACAUUCUCCUCCUCGACGUCACCCCUCUUACUCUUGGCAUCGAGACCGUCGGUGGAGUCAUGACCAAGCUCAUCCCACGGAACACCGUUAUUCCAACGAAGAAAUCCCAGAUCUUCACGACUUAUCAGGAUCAGCAGACGACUGUGUCCAUUCAGGUAUUUGAGGGCGAGAGAAGUAUGACUAAGGAUUGCCACGAGCUUGGCAAGUUUGAUCUCACUGGGAUCCCGCCGGCUCCUCGCGGUGUGCCUCAGAUCGAGGUUACCUUCGAGAUUGACGCCAACGGAAUUCUGAACGUGAAGGCGGAAGAUAAAGGCACUGGCAAGCAUGAGCAGAUCACGAUUACGAAUGACAAAGGUCGUCUGAGUCAGGACGACAUCGACAGAAUGGUGAAGGAGGCCGAGGAGUUCGCGGAGGAGGAUAAGAAGGUGAAGGAGAGGAUCGACGCGCGAAACUCGUUGGAGACGUACGUGUACAACAUGAAGAACACGAUCAAUGACAAGGACAAGCUGGCCGACAAGAUCGCGGAGGAGGACAAGGAGAAGGUGGAGUCGACGCUGAAGGAGACUCUGGAGUGGUUGGAUGACAACCAGAGUGCGGAUAAGGAGGACUACGACGAGAAGCUCAAGGAAGUGGAGGGUGUGUGCAAUCCUAUCAUCUCUAAAGUGUACCAGGCUGCUGGGCAGGCUGGGCCUACGUCGGAAACAGCUGCAGACGACGAGGAAGCUCACGAGGAGUUGUAGUUCGCUGUUCGACUGGUCUCCUGGAACAGGUAUGGGAGGGGAGGAGGGGGAAGAGAGGUGCGUAUGAUGGACAGCGUUUCGGCGCAGUAGAGUAGAGGACUUUUGUACCGAACUAGUUAGUCGCCUAUCAAGCCUGCCUUCCCACCUGCCGCGGUAUAUACCAUACCGUCUUUUUUCCUCCUCUCCUGAACUGUGUUUCUGGUGAUGAUCGUCUGGUUGCCGUUUGUUCUUUCGUUGAUUCGAGAGGGAAGGGUUGUGGGUUGAAAGGUGGAGAGAGUGGAGAGGAGGGGGGGGAGGGAGAAGGGUAAGGUGUGAACUGCGUUUUCCUUUUGCGACUUUACGAGAUUUUUUUUUUAGGAAGUCCUGAGAUGAUUCUUUAUUUCGUGUAGUGAUGUGCCUCGGUUCUUGACGAAGAGGUGUACCCACACAAUCACACAAUCACAAUCACACAGCCAGUUUAGCUGCUGCCGUAACGCCGUGGUGAACUCAGUCAAUUACGGGUCGUAAUCUCUUGACAGGGGAGAAAGGUGUUGUGGAAGGGAGGAAGAAUGGGGAGGAGUGUCAUCCAGCUGUGUCAAAGCUCCCGAUGCCACACGGGUAGUGUGUCAUGAGGUGGGUCCCCAUGGCUGACUGAACACGUGCGUCGAUGGUUCCUGUCUGUACAAACAAUUUUCACGUUCCUUGUAAUUCUGUGCAUCCGAAUUGCUUUUCUUCGAAGACCCAUUCCUCAGGCUCUGUGUGGUUGGUUUUACGUACCGUAUUUGUUAAAGAGAUUCGUAAUGCUUCUGUGCUGUUUUCACAUGCGAAAAAAUGCUCUGCAAUCUUUCACUAUGGAUUUCCACAGACUGUAAGUAAAUCUGUUGAAGGUCA